AUGGCCGGCAAUGGCUUUCAGAGUGCCCAGUUUCUGGCUCCUCCGGCCGUGAGUGCUUUGAGGCAGGAGGCCCGCGCCAUCGACCCGAAUUUCUCCCCUUCGAUGCGCUCGUUAUCCGACAACAUGCAAGAAGAACGCGAGGAUUUGAGGGAGGCGGCGGAACAGACUCUGAAUGUGAUCGUUGAUCUGGAUCUCGAGGGCCGCAUCAAAUGGGUGAGCCCCUCGUGGAAACAGGUUGUCGGCACCCCCGCUGAGUCGGUGGAAGGUCGAAUGAUCUCGGAACUCCUGGCCGGCAACAAGAACGUCUUCCAGGAUGCCAUCGAAUCCUUGAAGGAGGACGACUCCCGCAGUCGUUUCAUUCGUUUCGCCGUGCACAUGGGUCCCGAUUCGGUUCUGAAGUAUUCCCCGGAGCCGCAACCUCUCGAUCUGGACGCUUCGGGGACCGAUGAAGCUGAAGGGUCGGAGGCUCAAGAUGCGACACCGACGAAACCAGAGGAGCGCAACAACGAUAUCAUAAACAUGGAGGGACAAGGAAUCAUGGCUUUUGACCGGACUUCGAGUGGGAUUGGCCAUACGAUGUGGAUGUUACGGCCCUUCACGCAGCCAAGGGAAGUUACGAUCGAUCUUCCUCCAAUGCUCGUUGAAUCGCUGGGUGUUGGAGCUGAAGUUCUCGCGAACUACCUGACGACGCUGGCUGAAGCGGCUGCCACCGAGCCCGACCCCUCAAGAUAUCCCGCCCCGGACCCCAUCCUGUGUCGAAUCUGUGAGCGUCAGAUCACGCCCUGGUGGUUCGAAAAGCAUUCGGAUCUGUGUCUCCAAGAACACCGGGCCGAGAUGGAUGUCCAGAUAGCGCAGGAGAACCUGAACGAGCACCGGCAUGCGAUUGUUAGGGUUCUGGAUGCGUUGGAGGCCAGACAGGGAAGGCCGUUGAUCUCCGGCGAUGGGAAUCCGCCCCCGCCAACGCAGCCAGAGUAUAAAAGUUUGCCCAUCGGCCCGUCUCCCGUGGCUUCGGCUCCGUCGUCCGGGUCGGUCUCCAACUCCAGCUCUGCUCCUGCCACUCCGCCGCGGUCCAGAGACCACUCAGCCUCGGGUAUCGGACACGCCCGAGGUCGAUCCUUCGCUGUGCGGCGACCCUUGUCGCGCGUGGUCGAACUCAUUCUUGAUCUAUGCGACACGGCGCUGGAAAUCAACAUGCCAGUGAUCAAGGAGACGCGGCCGGAGAACGGGGACGAUUUUCGAACCAUGUCUCCGCAGUCGGAGUCCCGCAUCUCGCAGGUCAUACAGUGGCAGUCUCCCAGUUCGAAUACUCUUGAGCAGGAGCAAGGUCUGGCGGCGUUGUGCAUGGACACGGAGCAGGUUUCGAGGGCGAAGGUGGAUGCUGUGAUUCGCCAUCGAAGAAUCGUCGAGUACGCGGAACGGAUUCGCAUCGAAUACACUGUGCUGGUGGAAGAGUGUAUUACGGCAGCUCUGAGCAAAGCCGAACGCAUCGCCGCUGGUCAAUUGAGCGAUUCCGGCUCCUCCGACGAUGAAUCUUACAGGGACGACACGCCGGCUGCCGCCCCCAGCCCGAGAUUGUCUUGCGAGAUCGCCCCUCCGCCGCCGCCGCCUCCUAUGUCCGCUCUCACGAUGUCCAUGCGUAACUCCCCGGAUCGCUUUCAGUCUCCUCAGCCCUCCGAGGGGAAACCCACCUCCUCGGUGGCCGUGUCCACGGGGUCCAACAGCCCGAUGGAAUGUCCGACUCCCCGCUCUCACAAGAGUAUGGCUGGUGUGCUGGGCACGUCCCAAUCGUCCCGCCGAGCCCUUUCCUCACUGGAUCCAGACGUGGGCGACUACAGUGACAGUAGCGUUCCGUCAUCUGCUUUCCCCGGGGCCAUGCGAACUGAUUCCCCCUCGUCCGAUCGCAGCCUCAAAAGACGGAGCCUGGUUCUUCCCGGGCUAUCUAGCUCCCCUCAUCGACAGCAUUCUCCGGCCAGGGCCUCAGGACCGCACUCCCCUUUGCGCAUGCCGAAACCUCGUCUGUCUAGCGGCGCCGAUAGCUUACCGUCUCCGAUCGUGUCUCCCUUGACAAAUGCCGGGGAACUGGCCCACCAUCACUUUCGCCAUCAUCGCCGACAAUCUUCCGCUACCUCUUCGGACAUGGCGCGGCCGCCAGUGUCGCCCCAUUUGACCUCCGCUCGAGAGCUACAGCCACGCCCGGCACCGCCCUCCAUUAAGGAUUUCGAAAUCAUCAAGCCGAUCAGCAAAGGCGCCUUCGGGAGUGUGUACUUGUCUAAGAAGAAGACCACUGGCGAAUACUUUGCGAUCAAGGUUUUGAAGAAAGCGGACAUGGUUGCGAAGAAUCAAGUUACCAAUGUGAAGGCGGAGCGGGCAAUUAUGAUGUGGCAGGGCGAGAGCGAUUUCGUUGCUAAGCUGUACUGGACGUUCUCUAGCAAAGAAUACCUCUAUCUGGUGAUGGAAUAUCUCAACGGGGGCGACUGUGCCUCCCUUGUCAAGGUUCUGGGUGGUCUCCCCGAGGACUGGGCGAAGAAGUACGUUGCCGAAAUCGUCCUCGGGGUGGAGCAUCUUCAUGGAAGGGGAAUUGUUCACCGUGAUCUCAAGCCGGACAACUUCCUAAUCGACCAAACGGGCCACCUCAAGCUCACCGAUUUCGGUUUGUCUCGCAUGGGUCUAGUCGGACGUCAAAAGCGCGUUCUCAAGAAUCUGAACGAGCCGGCCCCUGACCUACUGCAGCAAGGGCCCUUUCCUCGCGCCACUUCGAUUACGUCCUCCCGGUCUGCCUCUUUUGACUUCCAGGGUGGUAACGGUUCGCCGGGUUCGACGCCGCUGAUCACCCCGGAUGCUGCGAGCAGCAUCCCUCAGCCUUCCUACUUCAACCUCAACCAAGGCGGCGGACUCAGUCGACAGACCUCGCGCCGAGCGUCUGGUUACCGCAGUGACAGCGGAGGCAGCGAUAACUUGAAUGCCAUUUUUCAAUCGCUGUCACUCAACGAAGGCAGCGAGACGGCAAGUUCUCUGCCGGUUCCUGUCCCCGGUCAUUCUUCGAGCAGUGUAAUGGAGGAAGAGGGCCAGAGCGAGCUGGGCGAAUCCCCUCAGCUGUACCCGCUUCAUUUAGCUCACAGCAUGCCGGUUCCGCACGAGACACCCCUGCAACCGGGCAUGAUGCCGCCGCUGAUGGCGCUUUUCGACCCUGAAGAUCAUAACCGACGUUUUGUCGGUACUCCCGAUUAUCUGGCGCCGGAGACGAUCAACGGCGUGGGUCAGGACGAGAUGAGCGACUGGUGGUCUUUGGGCUGCAUGAUGUUCGAGUUCCUGUUCGGAUACCCGCCCUUCAAUGCAGACACCCCGGACGAAGUAUUUGACAACAUCCUCCACCGCAGGAUCAACUGGCCCGAGGAUAUCGAAGAACUGGCAACCCCAGAAUCUAUUGAUCUUAUGAAUAAGCUGAUGACGAUCAAUCCGCGUGAGCGAAUUGGAGCGAACGUCGAUGAAAAGUAUCCCAAUGGAGGCGCGGAAAUUCGAAGCCACCCGUGGUUCUCGGACAUCAACUGGGAUACGCUCCUCGACGACAAGGCGGAGUUCGUUCCGAAUCUAGAGAAUCCUGAAGACACCGAGUACUUCGAUGCCAGAGGAGCUACCCUCCAGGCCUUUACUGAGGAGCUUGAAGAUGGCAGUUCUCCCCAGCAGCCAGCAACAACCGGACCCUACCCCGACAGACCCCACGAUGCGCUGUUCAAAGUUCGCUCGCAGGUGAAUUCCGUAAAGCGACCUCUGAUGCCUCUACACAUCCCGCCUCAUGUGCGCGAAUCACGUAGUCGACGACUUAGCGAACCCACCUUGGCGGACGAUUUUGGCAAUUUCGCCUUUAAGAACCUUCCCAUGCUGGAAAAAGCCAAUAAAGACGUGAUCCAAAAACUGCGUCAGGAGGCAAUGCAAGCUCAGCAACGUCAUGUCACGCCUUCGGGAGCACCACAGCAGACCCAGACUCAAAAUCCGCCGCAGACCCCCGUACAAGCACCGGCACCGGCACCAACACCCGGCCAGGCACAGGGCCCGCCACCUCCACCAGCGCCAGCAGCACCGUCAUCUGGUCCGUCUUUGGAGGGCAGUCCUUUGCCCAUGUCGUUGCAGCGAACGCUGUCGCAUAAUAAGGGCAACAACCGGCCAUCGUCACCCUCCAGUCUGAGUCAGGCGAACUCAUCCCCAAGCCGUCCGUCACAGCCUUCGUCUCCGCUCCUGGUGCAAUUCAGCACCGGCCACCAUAACCACGAGCGGAGAAAGACGUCGGGAUCUUCUUCGGCUAACUCUCACCAAUCUAGCGGGUCUUUCCAACCUGGUGCACCGGAUCAAAACCGUAUGGCGAGUCUGAAAUACAGCUCCACGGCAUCGUCUCCGAUCAAAACCACCCGAACCACUCAUUCGCCCGACAAGACGCCUUCCGGUCCCACGCGUCAAGGUAGCGUUCCUAUCGGAAGAGCUCGAUCGCAGACUAUCGGCUCGCAAGAUGGAGAUUUAUCGUCUUCUCUGGCAAAGGAAUCGUACGUCGCGGGCCACUACAAACGCCACAGUCAGCUUGUCGAUGUUUCGCCGUCAUCCUCAGAUAACGAGGAUCCACGCACCAAGGCGCUGCUCAAAGUGCAACGGCAGCGUCAGGGCUCCCGGCGCCUUUCUCAGAUCAACAUACCUGAAAAGCCUUACUUCCGGCCGCUGGACGUGCUCAUCUGCGAGGAUCAUCCGGUUUCGAGAUUGGUUAUGGAACGUUUGUUUGAGAAACUCCGCUGCCGUACUAUCACGGCUCCCAACGGCGCAGAGGCCAUGCGUUACGCACUAAGUGAAGUUCGGUUCGAUAUCAUAUUAACGGAGUACAAGCUACCUCAGGUCAAUGGAGCCGAUGUGGCACGUAUGGUAAGGGAGACGCGAAGCGCCAACCGCCAUACGCCCAUCAUCGCAGUCACCGGAUAUCUCAAGGACCUGCCCGAGACGCAUCACUUUGACACUCUCGUCGAGAAACCGCCGACUUUGACCAAGUUCACGGAAUUGCUGUGCAGAUUCUGUCAGUGGAAACCUCCACCGAAAGAUUGGACCCCCUCGCAGCCACUGCCCAUUUCGCAGUCCUUGUUGCGUCACUCUGCUGCACCGACUGAGCAUAGCCCUAGCUCGACCACGUCUUCUAGCUUCAUGCCAAUACUCUCAAGCUCGUAUCGAGGAUCUAGUCGCCAAGACUCCAUUGGCAGCAGUUCCUUUGGCGAUGUGGAAUCUGUCAAGGCCGAGGAUGCUCCGGUGACCUCAAGUCGCCAGACCGAUGAAUGGGCCCCCAACCAAGGCGGACUAGGCAUUUCCGAAGAGGCAGUUGCGAGCCAGAAGGCCCCUGAUCCGAUUACAAAGCCUGACUCGAAUCCCGCACCUUUGCCGCACUUAAUACAUGCGGUCUCCGCCCCGGCUGAAAUGAAUCCUUCUGCCGCGGACGCUCCCCGCAAACGGCGGUCCAGUGAAUCCAUCCGGGCCAAAAGAGAGUCCUUGGAGAAGAAGCGCCAUGAGUGCGCAGAAUCUGGCGAUGAUGAGGAUGAGGAGUUUGGUGCUGCCCAGGCACGGGCGCAAAGUCCUCGACACCGGUCUCAUCGCCCCGGCUCCAAAUUGGGGAUUGAAAUGAUGAGAACUAAUAGCCGAGGAAGUGUGGUUAGUGGCAGCGAAGAGGUGCUCAAGAAAGAAAGAGAGGCACUUGAGAGAGCCAGAAGCGUGGGGUUGGGGGUCAGCGGCGAUCAACUCGGCCCGUCCCCUCGUAGCAUCAUCAGACUAGAGGAUCGAUUCAAAGGGCUUCAAGUUCCCGAAGAAGCUGUCGCUGGGUCAGCCGACGAGGAUGUUAGUCCGCGACAUUCUCCUCGACCUCCCGAUGACAAAGAGACGCCCACUGAAUGCGAGAAUGGAGCGAAGACGAGCACAGAAACCCCUCACAAAGGACAAAUCACGCCUCCAAUCGUGUUCAACGAAGUCGACGAGGACCUCGAGACCACACCGACUGAUCCUAACACGCCAUCCGUUAAGAUCAAAGAUUAUGGCGACGCGGAUAUGAGUACCGAUAGUGAAGUUAUCCAAACUCCCGAAUCUGAAGCUACACCUCGGCCAGCACACACGCCUUCGCUUGGUUUCGAUGAUGAUACCACGCCACGCCAGUCGGGACGAUAG